UGGGGCAAUUCAGCUCAACCUUUCCCCUCACGUGAACUUGCCUUUACUCACUUCUCUUCAUCUCUCAACUUCCUUUUCUCUCUUCGUCUCUUUCUCUCUCUACCUAUUUACACGUACGCGUUUGCAUUUGCGGAUAAAUCGAGCUUCUGAAAGCUACUGUUUGAGUUAAUUCUCGACCAUUUCUAGAGAGUGGAAGAAAGAUGACGGUGACGCCGAAGAUCUCUCUCAAUGAAGGGAACCUUGUGGUUCAUGGGAAAACCAUACUCACAGGCGUGGCUGACAACAUUGUGCUGACUCCGGGAUCAGGUGCCGGCCUUGUCGCCGGUGCCUUCAUCGGUGCAACGGCUUCACACAGCAAGAGCCUUCACGUCUUCCCAGUUGGUGUUCUAGAGGGUGUGCGGUUUAUGUGCUUAUUCCGGUUCAAGCUGUGGUGGAUGACGCAAAGAAUGGGAACAUGCGGGCAGGAUAUUCCGUUGGAGACGCAGUUCAUGCUCGUUGAGAGUAAAGACGCAUGUGAAGGCGAGCAUGAAGAUAGGCCAACCAUAUACACUGUCUUCCUGCCUCUUCUCGAAGGGCAGUUUCGUGCUGUUCUUCAGGGGAAUGAGAAGAAUGAGCUCGAGAUUUGCCUCGAGAGUGGAGAUAACGCUGUUGAAACCAAUCAAGGAAAUUACCUUGUUUACAUGCAUGCUGGGACCAACCCUUUUGAAGUGAUCAAUCAGGCUGUGAAAGCUGUGGAGAAACACUUGCAAACAUUUCAGCACAGAGAGAAGAAGAAAUUGCCCUCGUUCAUCGACUGGUUUGGCUGGUGCACCUGGGACGCUUUCUACACUGAUGUCACUGCAGAAGGUGUCGAAGAAGGUCUCAAGAGCUUGUCGGAGGGAAAUACGCCUCCUCGUUUUCUCAUCAUAGAUGAUGGCUGGCAACAAAUUGGGAGUGAGGUGAAGGACGCUGCAAAUGCUGUUGUACAAGAAGGAGCUCAGUUUGCAAACAGGCUAACAGGAAUAAAAGAGAACGAAAAAUUCAAGAAAAACAGCGAAGGUGAUGAACAAGAAUCAGGUCUUAAGCAGGUGGUGAAAACAUCAAAGCAGCAGCACAAUGUCAAGUAUGUUUAUGUUUGGCAUGCUUUAGCAGGUUACUGGGGUGGAGUGCAACCAUCUGGUCCUGGUAUGGAACACUAUGAGACAUCUUUGGCAUACCCGGUGCAGUCUCCUGGGGUUCUAGGCAACCAGCCAGACAUUGUUAUGGACAGUCUUGCUGUUCAUGGCUUGGGCCUGGUACACCCUAAGAAGGUCUUCAACUUCUACAACGAGCUUCACGCCUAUCUGGCUUCAUGUGGUGUGGAUGGAGUCAAAGUCGACGUGCAGAACAUCAUUGAGACUCUAGGUGCUGGCCAUGGUGGUAGAGUAUCCCUCACUCGUAGCUAUCAUCAGGCCCUUGAAGCCUCAAUCUCUCGGAACUUUCCAGACAAUGGGUGUAUCGCCUGCAUGUGCCACAACACUGAUGGACUCUAUAGCGCCAAGCAGACUGCUAUAGUUAGAGCCUCAGACGAUUUCUACCCCCGUGAUCCUGCUUCACACACCAUUCACAUUUCUUCAGUAGCUUACAACACUGUAUUCUUGGGUGAAUUCAUGCAGCCUGACUGGGAUAUGUUCCAUAGCCUGCAUCCAGCUGCUGAGUAUCAUGCUGCAGCUCGAUCCGUGGGAGGGUGUGCUAUAUAUGUUAGUGACAAGCCUGGUAACCACAACUUCGAUCUUCUGAAGAAGUUGGUUCUCCCCGACGGAUCAAUUCUCAGAGCACAGUUGCCCGGACGACCCACACUAGAUUGCCUCUUUGUCGACCCAGCCAGAGAUGGGACGAGCUUGCUUAAAAUCUGGAACACGAACAAGUGCUCUGGAGUGGUUGGCGUAUUCAAUUGCCAGGGUGCAGGGUGGUGCAGGGUAACUAAGAAGACGCGUAUUCAUAAUGCCUCCCCUGGCACACUCACUGGCUCUGUUCGAGCCACUGAUGUCAACUCAAUUGCUCAAAUUGCUCGACCGGACUGGAAGGGAGAGACUGUAGCCUAUGCUUAUAGAUCAGGAGAGGUAGUUCGGUUGCCAGAAGGAGCUUCAUUGCCUGUCACUCUCAAGGUUCUCGAAUACGAACUCUUCCACUUCUGUCCUGUGAAGAAUGUGACGGACAGCAUUGCCUUUGCUCCCAUUGGCUUGCUAGACAUGUUCAACUCCGGUGCUGCUGUCGAGCAGUUUGAAGUCUACAAUACCUCCAUAACCAACGAUGACACCGAGACUUCAACUGAAAACAGAUCGCCUGUCGCUAAAAUAGCGCUCAGGAUUAGAGGAUGUGGGCGCUUCGGUGUCUACUGCUCUCAACGGCCACUGAGCUGCACCGUGGACAACGUUGAAACUGAGUUUAACUAUGAAGCAGCAAGCGGAUUGGCAACCCUGAUUAUCCCCGUUCCCAAAGAGGAAAUGUAUAGAUGGUGCAUUGAAAUCCAAGUUUAAGUAGUGAAUACUUACUAUCUACAUACAAAUCCUAGUCCGAGACAGCUUCAUGUCAUUCGGAGAGUGUAGCUUUUGCCCAGGCUUUCGCCUUUUUUUCUCUAAUAAAAUUAUCUAUGUUUUUCUCGUCA